AUGGAUAAUGUCAUCCAGGGAGGAAAAAAGGGACUACGUUGGUAUGAAGAAGUGUACUAUUAUUUAUUCUGUGGUCGAGUAAUAGACAUUCACCUUAAUACCUGUAAAAUUUCCUUCAUAGACUCGGAGCCGUCACAACGCCAAUACUUAAGUGCAUUGGAAAACCUACCCACAUUAUUCAACCACAUCAUCGGCAUGCUGCAAGUGAAACCAGAGGUUCUCGAAAAAAACGACGUCACAACAUUUCUGGAAUCACCAUUGGAUGGCGAUGUUGAUAUAAAUCCACGGGAAACUGAACUUAAUGUCUUUAAGAGAGAGUCUAAAUUUGAAGACGUGAAUGUUAUUAAGGAGAUGCAAGGAUCUGAUUGGACUCUAAAAGCAGAUGAAAAUUUUGAUGCAUUCGUUGGUUCGAUUCCUGGAGGGCUCCAGUUGACGGCAGAAGAAGUAGCGGAGAGGAUGGUACUGACUGAAAGAAAAUUGGAAGAAUAUCAUAAUGACACCCGUUGAAUGUCUAAAGUGAAGUUCAACAGAAAUUUCAGAUAACGUAAACAAAUUCAAGUAUAUAUAUUCUGUUGAUAAAAUUAUGGUGUUCUUUAAAAUACCGAGAUUAGGAAG